CUGGCUGGAGUCGAGCGCAGCUACGGCGAGGCGGGGGUGGAGGCGCGGCUCGCGCUCUUCUUCGAGGACAUGCCGGCGCGCCUCGGCGAGGCGCACCUCGUGAUCUGCCGCGCAGGCGCGUCGACCAUCGCCGAGCUCGCCGCAGCGGGACGGCCGGCGAUCCUGGUGCCGCUGCCGAUCGCCGCGGACGACCACCAGAGCGCGAACGGGCGGGCCAUGGUGGCAGCGGGUGCCGCCAUCAUGAUCGCGCAGUCAUCGUUCACGUCAGCGCGGCUCGCCCAGGAGCUCGAGACGCUCAUGGUAGAGCCCGCCGAGCUGGCCCGGCGCGCGGCCGCGGCCCAGAGCUUCGCCAAGCCCGAUGCGGCACACGCACUGGCGGACCUCGUCGAGGGCCUGAUCGGCGGUCCAUCCCCAGAGCCGGCGACGUCGGAACCUGUGGGGGGCGCGGCAUGA